AUGAAGUGCAACAAACAUUUCGCCACCGAUCUCACUAGUAUUGAUGGAGUCUGCUCUACGUGUCUAACGGAGCGUCUAAUCAUCGUCAUCGAAGCUCAGACUAGAGCGAAUUUGGAAUCCAAGCUCGCCGGGAAAAGUGAUCGGACUUGCACGAGUUCCGGAGGUGAAUCGCCGGAGCAAAUCUGCGUGUCUCCGUCGGUUAAUUGUAAGAGAGUCGAGAGCGGAGGCGUUUCGGUCUCGGACUCGAGGUUUUACAGUACGCCGCAGGUGCUGUUCAAGAAGAAGGUGAAUAAGUUCUCGAUGGUUUCGAAUUUUUUCAGAUCUAAGGAUCCGAACUCGAAUUCGGAUCCGGAUCCGUGUUUGGAUCCGAAAUCUUCGCCGUGGAGGAUAAAGAGUAUGUUGCCGACAAAACCGAAGAAGAAGUCUUGUAUUUUUAACUCGGACGCGAGCCGAGUUAUGCAACGGCCGUGUAAAGGAAUGUCACCGGCGGACGAAUCGGACGGCGAACUCAACUCGCUCGACUCAACGCCGCAGUGGAAGGAGACGCCGUCGAGGAUGACAACUCCGAUGCAUUUCCGGUGUAAGAAGAUGAAUCCGCCGCGGAAUUUGACAGGCUUCGCGUUCUGUCUUAGUCCGUUAGUCCGGCCGAGUCCGAAUCGGAAAGUGCCGGAAAUCGUUAUCUCCGGCGAUACACGUGUCCCGAUGAAACCGCAUAUAGGAGCUGCGGCGGCGUUCUGUGCGAACAGGUCAAAGAAGCUGGCGAAUUGUGGAAGGUUUCAACCGAAUUAUUAA